AUGACAUUGCGGCAAGUGGACAGCUUCCUUAUAAAGACUUUUAUCACUAUGCAUCACAGAAGUGCACAAUUUGCACUCAACCUUUACCCGCGCCCAGAACUUGGAUACUAUGAAUGUGGCCGUGAUCUCUAUACAUUUGUUACAGUAGCUUCUUCCCACAUUAUGCGCACGCUACAGAGGCCAAAAAAGAGUCGACCCACUAAAAGGAAAGUAAAUCACCGCAGAUUCCUGCAAAACCAGAUAUGCCGGAAAUUCGCCAUCAUAGAAGCUGCCACACAUCAACUUGCAACUUCGAUUUUCUCACAGGAAGCUAUAGUAGAAAAAACAAGAAAUAAAAAUAUGGAUUCUACAGAAUCUCAAAACAGAAGUGAGUCACCCACAGAUAUUAGGAAAGGUAGAGUGCUGCCAAGUGUAUUUCAUCUCUCCACCAACCUCUCCAAGCUCCCUGAAGUGUGCCUUGGUGACAGUACCUUCCUUGGUGUGGCAGAAGCGUACUUGGUUCCAGAUGCAAUUUCUAAAGUAGGUGUAACCAUGGACACUUUAGCGUAUGUCUCCGAUGAGGUUGGCACAGUUGAAAGUCUUUUUGAUGACAUUAUAGCUGAAGAUGACAUUAUUGCUUCUUCAUAUGGCCUAUGCUGCCCAAGGUCCCAGUCCUUACAGCAGGAUUCUGAAAGGGACCAGGAAUAUGAAAGAUGUAUACAAACCGGAUUUAUAUAUUAUGACAACCACAUAUCUUCUUGGCUCCCAGAGAGUUUUAGUAGAGCUGUCCAUCAGUUACCUUUCCUUCAAAGGAUGCCCAGUACUAUAGAGUACAAAGAUGGAAGUGCAGACGGUUACUUCUUGGACAAAUUGAGUGAUGUACAGACUGAACUCCAUGACAUUAAUAUAUUAGACAACAGAGAAGUAUCCUUUGAUGGCAACCAAGAAUAUCAAACUGAAUACCAAUAUGGUCCAGAUUGUUUCCCAGAUGAGUCAGACCAGCAAGGGACAAACAAAUGGAUUACCUCGCCAGAAGACCUAAUGUUAAGUAAAGUGGUGGAACCAAAAGGAAGACAAUACUAUGAAAACAAGGAAGUAGACUCAGGUGUACUCUGUGCAGAUACAAUGGAACACAAUGUGUACCAGGCACUUUGCUUAUGUCCUCAGGAAAAUGAACAUUGUAUGUGUAGAUCAUGGUGA